UCUUUUCUUGUCAUUUUGUCAAAAGGUGUUACUAAAAAGUGAGGUUAAUUAUUAUGAAUGUUUUUUAAUUGAAACUGUGUUUUACUAUAAAGGUCUUACUGAAAACAUAUUUAAGUAACGUUUCUAAAAUAUUUUCUACGUACUGCUUUAUAAUCUUCGUAUUUAUAACCCUGUGAAACAAUUUUGAAAGAAGUGAGGUUAGAACAUCGCACACCUAUUAUGUCAUAGGAGGAACGGUCUAAAAAACGAGUUUUAUUGUGAGAAUAGCAGUAGAAUUUUCCCCAAAAUGCUUAAAAUAGGCCAAACCGUCCUAAAUAACCUAAAAAACGGCAAAAACCUGAACGUCUCUCGAUACGAAAUCUACCUAAAAUCGACCAUAGCGGAGGCGAAAGUGAGCGAAAUCCAGGUGAAAUUGAAGCCGAAAAAGUCCGGGAGCCCCCAAAGCAGCAUGGUUGCGGCCGUGUUUGCCUCCCUUCAAAACGAAGUAAAAACUCCCUUGACUGAUGAUAAAAUAAGCAAAGCCGGUGACAUUAACGAAUUAUUAUCAAUAUCAGAGGGAAGUGGAGUUUCAAGAAAACAUGCCCUUAAAGUGGUUUCAACUUUGGCCGAAUGGUCAUCGUCCGGGAAAACCCAAUUGUCAGAGUUUGAGAAUGAUCAUCGCUUCAUCAAACUGUGUCGAAUUUUGAGCAAGGGGGCGAAAGUGAACAGAGCUAUGGUGUCACGAAGUGAGGAUUUAUCGACAGUGCUCAGCGUCACAGCCGAUGAUGAAGCCGCGAGGCUUAUAAACAACUUAACAUUGCCACAAAUGAUCAAAGUGAUGUCGACUCUCACAACGCGAAAACGCCGAUCAGUGGUUUUACUACGCACUUUGGCAUAUAACGUAGCAGCCAGUGGUGAGACACUGAAUUUAAAACAGAGCGCAGAUUUAUUAUACAGCAUGUGCAACUUAAACUUCAUUGACGAUAAUUUACUUGCUAAGAUCUGUGAAGAUAUUACUGUCGAAAUUAAGAAAGAUGUUAAGAAAAGUUCAGUUGUGGGAUCAAUCGUUACCAGUCUUGGCUUACUGAAAUAUAAAAACAAUGAAGUUUUAGAUUUGUUGAGUGAAUGGAUUUUGCAAAAUCAUUCGAUUUGUCGAUCUAACGAUAUUUUCAGCUUGUUUGUGACUUUGGCUACAGUCAACUACUUGCCAAGCAAUUCUGACGAACUCUUCAAAGUGUUGGUGCCACAAUUGACAAUUUCGGAAGCAAGAAAACCUUUGGUGUGGCUAGACUUUGUUUGGUCACUGGUAGUGCUAAAACAAGCCUCCCAUGAUCAUGUUUCCAGCGUUCUAGAGCAGGAUUUUGUUGAAAAAAUUGAAGGAGCGAAUGUGUUUGGGAAAGUAAAACUUUUAAAUAUCAAUGGUGCCGCAAAAUAUUUAAUGAAAGAUUUCAACGGUGAUACGUUGGCGCCUCUAUCAGACAUCCACAAUGUGAACAUUGUGAGGACUAAGGAGAACGGAGAAAUGGUUGAGUGUGUUUUAGAUACUGUGAAAAACUUAAUACAGUCUGACAACUUAAAUUUUGAUGUCAAUACAGGACUAGGAUUUUCGAUUGAUGUGGAAUGUUUGCUUGAUAAAAAGUGUAAUCCACUUCCAAUCACUAAAGAAAAUUCCAACAAACCUGAUUUAACUAAAGUUGCUUUAAUAGCAUACGACUACCACAAUAUGUGUAUAGGCAAAGUUGAACCUACUGGUGCUAAUGUCCUCAAUUCUCGGCUACUUGAAGCUUGUGGUUAUAAGGUAUUGACCAUUCCAUACACGGAAUUUAAAAUAACGGACAAGUUAGUACAACGGGUCCAGUAUUUAGAAAGCAAAUUAAAAAAUAUUGUCAAGUAAAUACUGUAAUUUAUUAUAGAUAAAUAAAGAAUUUUUGAGUUUUA